UAUUGUCACGUUGAUCAUGUAAGCUAAUAACAGCUAGUGUUACACACGUCUCUUCAACCAUCAUAUUCGUCUCUGGUGGAGAAAAUGCCGAUUAGUGAGAAACUUCCGACUUGGGCCGUUGUCCCGGCUGUUUUUGCCGUCUUUUCCGUAAUUUCGUAUCAGAUCCUAAUCGCGCCAGACAAUUUGAACGGCACCAAAAAUGUAUUGUCGAUGGCUAAGACCAUACCACUUCCUGUCGAUGGACCAGAGAGCAUUGAGUGGGACCCGCAAGGAGGAGGUCCUUAUGCUGCUGUUGUGGACGGCCGUAUUCUCAAGUGGCGUGGAGAUGGUCUCGGUUGGGUUGAGUUCGCAUACACAUCUCCUCACAGAGGGAACUGUUCGCGGCAUGAAGUGGUACCUACAUGUGGAAGGCCACUAGGACUUAGUUUCGAGAAGAAAACAGGAGACUUGUACAUAUGUGAUGGUUACCUCGGGGUCAUGAAGGUCGGGCCAGAAGGAGGCUUGGCUGAGUUGGUAGUGGACCAGGCUGAAGGUCGAAAAGUAAUGUUUGCGAACCAGAUGGAUAUUGACGAAGAGGAAGAUGUCUUCUACUUCAAUGACAGUAGUGACAAGUAUCAUUUCAGGGAUGUAUUUUACGUGAUUGUCAACGGUGAGCGGCCAGGAAGAGUGAUCAGAUACAAUAAGAAGACGAAAGAGGCCAAGGUUGUCAUGGACAAUCUCCGUUGUAACAACGGUUUGGCUCUAAACAAAGAUAGAUCUUUCUUAAUCUCAUGUGAGUCUGCCACUGGCCUUGUCCAUCGAUAUUGGAUCAAAGGUCCUAAAGCUGGGACUCGUGACAUCUUCGCCAAGGUUCCUGGUUAUCCUGACAACAUCCGUUUGACACCCACUGGUGAUUUUUGGAUUGGUAUACACUGUAAGAAAAACUUACUAGGAAGACUGGUCGUGAAUAAUCAGUGGUUAGGGAAGUUGGUUGAAAAGACUGUGAAGUUAGAGUUAUUGAUUGGGUUAGUGAACGGGUUUAAGCCGCAUGGGGUGGCCGUGAAGAUCUCCGGGGAGACGGGAGAGAUAGUGGAGAUACUUGAGGACAAAGAAGGGAAGACAAUGCAGUAUGUGAGUGAGGCUUAUGAGAGAGAUGAUGGUAAGAUAUGGUUUGGGUCCGUUUUCACGCCUGCCGUAUGGGUUCUUGAUCGCAAGUGAGUGAUUCCCAUUUGUUGUAUGUACGUAGUCAUGUUUUGUAAGUUAAGUGUCUCUUGUUUGUUGCUUGUAUUUAAAAAUAUAGACAUGCUUGUAGAGUGGAUGCAUCCACUGUAUCAUGUACAGUUUCAAUAACUAAAUACUUCUGGAGGGAAAAUGAGUACUUUAUUCCCCAAGUAUUUGAAAUCGACAGUUUUAAUA